CUGCAGCUCUCAAGAACACACCAUCUUUCCUCUUUGACGAGAUCAGCAGAGCUCAUCACAAUGGCUGACUGUAAGCUUCCGGGUUUGGUCUUGGCUAUCAUCGGCGUUUUGGGGAGCAUCAUUACCUGUGUGCUCCCCAUGUGGAGAGUGACAGCCUUCAUUGGUGCCAACAUCGUCACAGCUCAGAUAAUCCAGGAAGGCUUGUGGAUGAGUUGUGUGAUCCAGAGUACGGGCCAGAUGCAGUGUAAGGUCUAUGAUUCAAUGUUGGCCUUACCUCGUGCUCUGCAGACUAGCAGAGCACUCGUCGUCAUCGCCAUCCUGUUAGGGUUCUUUGGGAUCCUGUUUGGUGUAAUUGGGUACAGCUGCAGUAACUGUAGGAUGGAUCAAAGGAAAAGGAGCAAAGUGACUAUAGCUUCUGGGGUUAUCGUCAUCAUUGCAGGUGUCUUGCUCCUAAUCCCUGUGUCUUGGACAGCCCACAUUAUCAUUCACGAGUUCUACAACCCAAUUUUAAUCAGUGCUCAGAGGAGGGAGCUGGGCUCAUCGCUUUACAUCGGCUGGGGCUCUGCAGGACUGCUGUUCUUGGGAGGAGGCCUCCUCUGCAGCUCCCGUCCUCGUAUGAAUGACACGGACUGUGAGGUUAGGUACUCCAACAGCCGUGCUGUGUAAGUCCUACAUUUAAAUAUACAACCCGCUAUUGAAAACAAGAAAAAGGGGUUUUCAAAGUUUC